CAGCCGGUCCGCAGCCCCCAGCCCGCGGCACGCUGGGCUGGCUCAUGGUCCCCGAAGCAGCGGGCCAGACGGAGGCUCCUGUGGCCGCCGGGCCCACGGGGAUGCCCCGCGGGUGAGGUAGCCCCCAGCUUCCAGCCGCGUUCAUGGCGGUGGCCAGGAAGAUCAAAACUUUGCUGACGGUCAACAUCCUGGUGUUCGUGGGCAUCAUCCUCUUCUCGGUGUACUGCCGCCUGCAGGACCGCUCAGAGGGGCUGGUGCAGAUCGUGCGCGGCGCCGACCGCCGGGUGCGUAGCCGGCACGCCAAGGUGGGCGCGCUGGCGGAGCGCGAAGCCAUCCUGCAACGCCUCGACCACCUGGAGGAGGUGGUCUACACCCAGCUGAACGGGCUCGCCAAGCCCAUCGGUCUGGUGGAGGGGCCGGGCGGCCUGGGCCAGGGCGGCAUGGCGGCCACACUGCGUGACAACAGCCAGGAGACAGAGGGCAAGUUCGAGGAAUACGGGUACAACGCGCAGCUCAGCGACCGCAUCUCCCUGGACAGGACCAUCCCUGACUACAGGCCCAAAAAGUGCAGACAGAUGACCUACUCGGACGACUUGCCCCAGAUCUCCGUGGUGUUCAUCUUUGUCAAUGAAGCCCUCUCGGUCAUCCUGCGCUCCGUCCACAGCGUGGUCAACCUCACGCCCUCCCAGCUCCUCAAGGAGGUCAUCCUGGUAGACGACAACAGUGAUAAUGUGGAACUCAAGCUCAACCUGGACCAGUACGUCAGCAAGAGGUACCCGGGCCUCGUGAAAAUCGUCCGAAACAGCAGGAGAGAAGGCCUGAUCCGGGCUCGGCUUCAGGGCUGGAAGGUCGCCACGGCCCCUGUCGUGGGCUUCUUUGACGCCCACGUGGAGUUCAGCAUGGGCUGGGCCGAGCCCGCCCUCUCGCGGAUCCGGGAGGACCGGCGGCGCAUCGUCCUGCCGGCCAUCGACAACAUCAAGUACGACACGUUUGAGGUGCAGCAGUACGCCAGCGCGGCCCACGGCUACAACUGGGGGCUCUGGUGCAUGUACAUCAUUCCGCCCCAGGACUGGCUGGACCGCGGCGACGAGGCAGCGCCCAUCAGAACCCCGGCCAUGAUCGGCUGCUCCUUCGUGGUGGACCGGGAGUACUUCGGGGACAUCGGCCUGCUGGACCCGGGCAUGGAGGUGUAUGGUGGGGAGAACAUCGAGCUGGGCAUGAGGGUGUGGCAGUGCGGCGGCAGCAUGGAGGUUCUGCCCUGCUCCCGCGUGGCCCACAUCGAGCGUACCAAGAAGCCCUACAACAACGACAUCGACUACUACGCGAAGCGCAAUGCCCUGCGGGCGGCCGAGGUGUGGAUGGACAGCUUCAAGUCCCACGUGUACAUGGCCUGGAACAUCCCCAUGAGCAACCCCGGCGUGGACUUCGGGGACGUGUCCGAGCGGCUGGCCCUGCGCCAGAGGCUGAAGUGCCACAGCUUCAAGUGGUACCUGGACAACGUGUACCCGGAGAUGAGGACCUACAACGACACGCUCACGUACGGAGAGGUGAGAAACAGCAAAGCCAGCGGCUACUGCUUGGACCAGGGGGCAGAAGACGAUGACCGUGCCAUCCUGUACCCCUGCCACGGGAUGUCCUCCCAGCUGGUGCGGUACAGCGCCGAGGGCCUGCUGCAGCUGGGCCCCCUGGGCUCCACCGCCUUCCUGCCCGACUCCAGGUGCCUGGUGGAUGACGGCAGGGGCCGCACGCCCGCCCUGAGAAAGUGUGAGGACGUGGCCCGGCCAGCGCAGCGGCUGUGGGACUUCACCCAGGGCGGUCCCAUCGUGAGCAGAGACACGGGCCGGUGCCUGGAGGUGGAGAUGUCCAAGGACGCCAACUUCGGGCUCCGGCUGGUGGUGCAGAGGUGCUCGGGGCAGAAGUGGACCAUCAGAAACUGGAUCCAGCCAGGGCGGCACUGACCCCCAGGCUCACCCUGUGUCCCCGCCCCAGCGCAGACCCCGAGGACUUGGGGCAGGCGUGGGGCCCCUCCCACUCAGCCCACCACUGGAACCCAGAGGGCCCUGGCUGUGCCCGCACCACCUCGGGGUGGGGGGGGGGACCUGUCCUCAGCUGCCGGCGGGUCCUGGGGACAU